AUGGCGGCUGCUCCACUUUCCGAAAAAUGGGUUUACAAUAAUGAUACGCUUAAUGGUGCAAGACUAAGCGCACUUCUCAUAAAUGAAGGGACACUUUGCAUGAGAAGAGUUUUUGAUAAUAACUGUCCACCUGGCACACUACAGCAAGUAUUGAAUACAACAAGAAACUCUAAAAUGUUCAAUGAACUGCUACGUAAGAAAAUUCUCAAUCAACGUCAAUACGACCUACUUUACCCACCAGCGGGACAGAAUCCCUCAUUAGAAAAAAUUGACAUUACACUAUUGGUUGUGUUGAUCAGAAAUCUCUGUAAAUUAAAACCACCUAAUUGGUCAGGGUGGAAUAAGGACCCUCAACCCAAUGACAACUCAGUUAUAGCUGAUGUGAUUCGGUUGAAACAAUUUCGCAAUGAAUUAUAUGGUCAUAUUGUCAGCACGAAAAUUUCAGACAUGCAGUUUACCCAGCACUGGAGUGAUAUUUCUAAUAUAUUGAUUCGACUUGGCUGUAAGACACCUGAUAUUGAAAAAUACAAAACACAGUCACUCGAUCCUACAACGUGGCUGGAAUUAUUAAUGGAGAUCAUACAACUAUGCAGAGACGACUCUCAUUACAGAAAGGUAAUAAUGGCGAAAUAUGAAGACAUGGAAAGACGCCUAACUGACAAGAUAACAAACGAACGAAAUUGGCUUGAUACAAAUGACUGUGCAGAAGAACUUAGGAAACAUUAUAAAGAUAGAAUGAACUAUGUGGAGCCUGUACCAUGGUAUGAAGAUGGAUUUCAGCUGAACUUAGAGGAUGUCUAUACACAAUUGGAAUUCAGCGAAAGAACUAAACGUGGUGAUGAAAUUACAGAUGUUGAUUUUCAGCAAUGUUUGUGUCAAGACAACCUGAAUCAUCGCAUCUUAGUGGAAGGAGAAGCAGGAAGUGGUAAGAGUACACUUCUUAGAAAGCUAGCUUUAGAAUGGGCUAAUGAGACAGAACCAAUGGUACGAUACGAUUUGGUAUUGUUACUUGAAUUGCGACAAAUCACAAAGUAUAGUACUAUAAUCGAUCUAAUUUUUGAUCAGUUACUUCCAGAAGAUUCAAACAUUGAUAAACAUACUUUGAAUAACUUCCUUCGCACAAAUCAACACAAAGUGUUGAUACUUUUAGAUGGGGCAGACGAAUUAAACGAAACAUUUAAGACCGAAGUUUUUAAACUAAUUGAAGGAAAGAUUUUCAGCAAAUGCAGGGUGAUAAUUACAUCUCGAACAAUAGGGCGCUUACAACUCAUUCGUCGUGUGAAUAAACAUUAUAUUAUGAAAGGGCUCACUGAUGAUAAUAUCAACUCAUAUAUUCAGAAGUUUUUUAACAAAGAAAAAAAGGAACUAGCUGACAAGCUGAAGAAAGACGUGACAGACUGGAACAUGACUUCAUAUGUCUCAACACCACUAAUUCUAGUUCUUAUAUGUGUACUAUACGAGGACCUUGAAGGCAAGUUUCCAAGUACAUUAUCCGAGCUAUAUCAUGAGCUAACGUUUUGUGUAUAUAAAAGAUAUUGUCUGAAACACAGUAUACCUAUUUCUCCGACAAUUAGCGACGACGACUCUCCAGAAUUUAAAAGUUUGAAAUCACGACUCGGAGAGUUGGCAUAUAACGGUCUAAAAGAGGGCAAACUUCGUUUUGACCAAGGGUCUCUAGAUCAAUACAAGAUCACUGAAUCGGAUUUAGCAGUUGGCUAUUUUAAUCUUGAGUAUAGCACUGCGAGAAUUAAGUAUCAACAAAUCUAUGCUUUCAAAUAUAAAAGCUUACAAGAAUUUAUGGCUGCAUAUUAUUUGUAUGCAUGUAUGAAAAAAGUUAGUGAAGAAUGUAUCCAUUAUAUCAUAACGGAAAAAGGGUUUUACAUGGUUUGUGAAUUUUUAGCAGGCUUGCUUGGACGCGAUGAAGUACCGCUGCUAUUCAGGAAAAUAAUUGACAACAUAAAAUCAGUGCAGAAUACAUAUACUGAAUUGUUUGAAAGACUGACGUGCUUGGCAUUUAUUUGCUUGUAUCAUAUUCAGGAAAGUCAAAUUGUUGGUGAGGUUGUGAGAACAAUUAUUCGUAACAACGAAAUGAGAUUUAAUAUGGAGUUGGUGGAAAAAUAUGUAGCGAUAUAUGGAUUGACAUCUGUGAUCCGAUACUGUAACAAGGAGUCGAUAAAAUUAAAAAAACUUGAAUUAGAUCAUACGUUUUCAAAUUUUCCAGAAUUAUUUGAGAGUAUACUGCCAGAAUACAAAUAUUUACAUUCAACUGAUUUAUUGAUUGCAGGUUCUUCUAUUCAAAAUUGUUUUUCUUUUUUAAAACAUAAAAGUGUUGGUCAUGCUGCUUUAGCAUCCACCAUCUCUUCUAAGCAUGAUGAACUUGCAGUGUACGAUUUACUGGACGAGUCUGGAGUUACUACAUCAUCAUUAUCAUUGCUUCUUAAUGCCAUGGGAAAAUACAAUUUAUCUUUUGUAUCCGAAUUAUCAAAAAUAAAAUUGAAUAAAUCAUUACAUUCACUAUCUUUAUUAAGUUCUGAUGAUGUCGCGGGAAAGCUGCUCACUUACAUAACUGUUCAAAUUAUUAAUCAUGCACGAUUAACUUCAUUGACUUUUGUAGCUGCAUUCGAAUAUGUAUCUUCCAAAGAUGGAGAUAGUAUAGCAAAUAUACUUAAACAUAAUACGAAUAUCAAUAAAUUGCACACAACGCCAGAAAUACCAAAUGGACAUCAUAAAUGA